AUGCUCGUAAAACUCUCCGAAGUGUACUCCGAAGAUCCCACGACGGGCUCUUACACGGGUCUGCUUGACAUCUCAGGCAGCUUGGCGAGCCGCGUGCCGGCGUGCCCAGAGUGCCGAAGGCCCAUCCUACAGUUCACGACUAAGAGGUAUAACCGCGUCGUCAACAAGGCAGUGAUGGACGAGGCAAUGAAGCGAUUCUUUACCACCGGAACAGCCGAGUUGGAGGGGCUUCAAGACAAGUUUGACGCCUUGAUCAGACGUGCCAAGAAACAGAGGAAUAAGGCGCUGUCGAGCCAGGCGCGCGCGCAGGUCGUCACAGAUGGGUAUGAAAUUAAAGCUGCUGCCGAAACUUUGCGCAUACGGAUGGGCAAGGAACAUCAGCCAUCCAAGCAACUGCACGACGCGAUAGUGCUGAAGGCGAGGGAGGCUGUAGGGUUAUCACUGGAAGAGAGGAUGCAGAAUCUCAAUGUCUCGUCCGAUGCACAGGACGGGCGCGCCAACAGCGCCGUCUUCACGCCCGUUUUUGAUAAGCAGCUCGGUCUUAAGGCACACCUUAUUGAAAUCCAAACACGGGAGUUCAUCUUAUGCGAAGCGACUAGCAAAGAAUCAAAGGCUGCGUUGGUGUCCAAGAAGGUUGUGCCAGAGAGGGCGGAUCAGCUUCUCCUAGACUGCGAUGGACUGAUUGCAGAGUCGUUUGGCGCAAAUCUCCCGAGAGUACAGAUACCAGCAGCCCUUUCCUUUGCCAAGGUGACUUUGAUGCUUCCCAACGCCAAGCCGGAGUCACGAACAGUGGCAGCAACCAGAGUGUCGGAAGCGAUUGAUCUGUGCAGGACCCUUCCCAACGGAAAGGAGCUGAGCGCGCCGCUACUGGAAAUCAAGAGACUUCUCGACGGACCGGUAUACAACGAGGUGACGCCGGAAGAGCUUGCGGCGAUCAAAGAUGCCAUGGUGAGCGGGCCAAGAGGCAUCUCCACGCACUCGGGGCACUGGUAUAAUUGCGCCAACGGCCAUCCCGCUGGAACAGCACAAUCUCGUCGAUAA